AGGCCAUAAACACUUCAACUGAACAUAUAUGAGAUAACCCCUCUCUCUCUCUCUCUCUCUUCAAAGCAAACUGAAAAUGAUGAUCUCCCUCAAAGCCAUGCAAACCUCCUUCACUCCGACCAAGCAUGCCCUCCUUUUCCACACAAGAGGACUCUUCUCCAAUAAGAAGAAUCCCAUACUACUCUCACUCUGCAAAUCCAACAACUCAAAUUCAGAUGACUCCCCUCCUCCACCCGAAGGAGAUGCUCGCAAACAAGAACUUCUUGCAAGAAUUGCAAUGCUUCAAACUCAAAAAGUCCGUCUCACCGACUACUUAGACGAGAGAUCCCAAUAUCUAACCCAGUUUGCCGAAGAAGCCAAUGCCGAGUUCGAUCAGAUAGGCGAAGAUGCCCUCAAAGGACUUGAUGAAGCCAGCACAAGAAUAAUGGAGAAUAUAGAGAGUCGUAUGCAAGCAUUUGAAGAAUCUACAGAGUUGGACAAACAAGAGAUUGAGAAGAAUGUAAAGAAUUUGGAAGAGUUUGAAGAUCAAAUUGAGAAAGGCAGGAAUGAAGGGCUGUUCUUUAAGAGCUUGAUGCAGAGGAAGCCUAUUGAAAAGGAGAAAGCUAAAGAAGAAAUGGAAAAGAUUAAGGAGAUUACUAUAGGCAGUGCAGGAUCAAAGACUAGGCGGAAUAUUUACCUUGCAUUGAUUGGCUUGGUUGUCAUCAGCAUUGUUGAUUCCUUGAUCUCUUCAUCAUCUGAAUGGCAAAAGCUUGCGAUUCUUGGGGUGAUUUUGGUGGGUUUGCUUUCUCAACUUAUCUACGAACAGACAAUAUUAUCAGAAGGAACAGAAAAAGAAAAACCCAAGGACGAGAAAGAGUGAAGUCCUUUCUUUCCUCAAGUUCAUAUAUGUGUAUAUAUAUAUGAUAAGAUCCUCGGUCUAAUUAAUUUUCCUGUAGCAUUAUUUGACACAUACAAAUAUGGCAUGAGAUAAAACUCCAAGUGUGAUCUUACUACUUAGAGCAAAUACAUCAGGCAACUUUGCUUUUGCA